CUUCCGUGGUUCAAACACUCGCCCUCAGUCCUGUCAUCGAUGGAGACUUCCUCCCAGACAUGCCAGAGAACCUCUUUGCCAACGCUGCUGACAUUGACUACAUUGCUGGGGUCAAUGACAUGGAUGGACACAUCUUUGCUGGCAUUGAUUUACCUGCUAUCAACCGCCCACUUGUGAAAAUCACUGCGGAUGAGGUCUAUAAUUUGGUCAAAGGACUUACUGUGGAUAGGGGUGAACGCGGAGCCAAUGCAACAUACAAUCUCUACACGCAAGCAUGGGGCGACAAGCCGGACCAGGAGCUCAUGAAGAAGACAGUGGUGGACCUGAUUACUGACUACAUCUUCCUGAUUCCCACACAGUGGGCACUGAAUCUGCACCUGCAGAAUGCCCGGAAUGCCAAGACAUACAGCUACUUGUUCUCCCAGCCAUCCCGAAUGCCCAUCUACCCAAGAUGGGUAGGGGCAGACCAUGCUGAUGACCUGCAGUAUGUGUUUGGGAAACCCUUCGCCACCCCCCUGGGCUACCUGCCCAAGCACAGGACUGUCUCGAGUGCCAUGAUUGCUUACUGGACCAAUUUUGCCAGGACAGGUGAUCCCAACAAAGGGUAUUCAGAGGUGCCCGUUACCUGGCCACCCUACACCAGUGAGGGCAGUUACUACCUGGACAUCAACAACAAGCUAAAAAAGAGCUCCGUGAAGCAGAACCUGAAAACUGAGUAUGUGAACUUCUGGAACUCGGUCUAUCAGAGUCUGCCGCAGGUUGCCAACUUCUCCUUGACUGAGGAACUGCUGUGGAGCUAA